UGGCAGGCAAACUCUGACCGUUUCUACUUUCAAACAAAACAAAAUAAUUAAAACCAUAAAAUCUCAUUACAUCUCCAUAUAUAUAACCACACUGAUGAAACUCUUGCUCAUUGCAACACCAAACAACUAAAUCAUCUCUUCUUUACAUCAUCAUAUUCUUAUUUUUGACUUGACUAUUCUCAAGAAAAAAAAAAAAUGCAAAUGCUAAGAAGCUUUAGCACGAGGACAAGAAGCCGUCGUGGAGGCUACGAGCGAGUAAGUGAUGAUUCAACUUUCAGUUUACUAGGAGCAAAGCUAAGGAGAUCAACGAGUGUUCCUUACUACGCUCCAUCUAUCAAGCUUGGUGCUGGUGGUGUUCCAACCAUUUUCGAGGAGCUUCCCCGUCAAAAAUCCAAGAAAGUCAAACCAACAAGCAAGUUUAGCCACCCUAUCUUUAGCUUUUUAUAUGGAAAGAAGAAGAAGUCUACCACGAGGAAGCCUGAGUUUUCUAGGUAUCUUGAGUACUUGAAGGAAGGUGGUAUGUGGGAUGCUAGAUCUAAUGCGCCUGUUAUCUAUUACAAGUAGAUGUUUAAAAUUCAAAUGAUUGUUUUAUAAGUUUUAAUUUUGUGAUGAUAUUCUUCCCUUGUAGUUAUCAAAUCAUUAAAUUUCUUAUAAAGAA